AAUGAGCAGAGCGGAGCGGAGCACACAGACGGGCCCUGUCCUCCACGUCCACGCAGCGUGUCCACACUCACAGAGAAGACAUGAAGAGCAGCGACGGACACAGGAGGACGCGCUCACGCACACACUGAGAGGAGACGCAGCAUGGCGGGGGCCCGGAGGGGACUUGUGGCCCCUCAGAAUACUUUUUUGGAGAAUAUCGUGAGACGCUCGAACGUUUGGACACUGUCACAUAGACAGACAGAUACCAACUUUGUGCUGGGAAACGCUCAGAUAGUGGACUGGCCCAUUGUCUACAGCAAUGACGGUUUCUGCAAGCUGUCGGGUUACCACCGAGCCGAGGUGAUGCAGAAAAGCAGCACCUGCAGCUUCAUGUACGGGGAGCUCACAGACAAGGACACCACGGAAAAAGUGCGACUCACAUUCGAGAAUUAUGAGAUGAACUCGUUUGAGAUUCUCAUGUACAAGAAGAACAGGACGCCUGUGUGGUUUUUUGUGAAGAUUGCUCCAAUUCGAAAUGAACAGGAGAAAGUGGUCCUGUUCCUUUGCACAUUCAGUGACAUAACAGCCUUUAAACAGCCCAUUGAAGAUGAUUCUUCCAAAGGCUGGGGAAAGUUUGCCCGGCUCACACGAGCUCUAACGAGCAGCAGAGGAGUCUUACAACAGCUGCAGCCCACGGUUCACAAAGGAGAGAACGUCCACAAGCACUCCCGCCUAGCUGAGGUCCUGCAGCUUGGCUCGGAUAUCCUACCGCAGUACAAGCAGGAGACCCCCAAGACCCCCCCUCACAUCAUCCUGCACUACUGCCUCUUCAAGACCACAUGGGACUGGGUUAUCCUCAUCCUCACCUUUUACACAGCCAUCAUGGUGCCCUACAACGUCUCAUUCAAGACCAAGCAGAACAACGUCACGUGGCUGGUGGUGGACAGCAUCGUCGACGUCAUCUUCUUGGUGGACAUCGUUUUGAACUUCCACACCACAUUUGUUGGACCCGCAGGUGAGGUCAUCUCGGACCCCAAGCUGAUUCGAAUGAACUACCUGAAGACGUGGUUUGUUAUUGACCUGCUGUCCUGCCUGCCCUAUGAUGUCAUCAACGCCUUUGAGAACGUCGAUGAGAAUUGGAACCAUCGAGCUGUCACUCAAGGGAUCAGCAGUCUCUUCAGCUCGCUUAAGGUGGUGCGGCUUCUCCGUCUGGGUCGGGUCGCCCGUAAACUGGAUCACUACAUCGAGUACGGGGCGGCUGUGCUGGUCCUGCUGGUGUGUGUUUUUGGACUGGCCGCUCAUUGGCUCGCCUGCAUUUGGUACAGCAUCGGCGACUACGAAGUUAUCGAUGAAGAGACCAACAUCGUGCGCAGCGACAGCUGGCUCUACCAGCUGGCUGAGACAGUCGGCACGCCGUACCGCUUCAACGCCAGCGGCUCCGGGAAGUGGGAGGGCGGUCCAAACAAGGACUCCGUCUACAUCACCUCGCUGUACUUCACCAUGACCAGCCUGACGAGUAUCGGCUUCGGUAACAUCGCUCCCACGACAGACGGAGAGAAGAUCUUUGCCGUGGCCAUGAUGAUGAUCGGAUCCCUGCUUUAUGCCACCAUCUUUGGUAACGUGACCACCAUCUUCCAGCAGAUGUACGCCAACACAAAUCGUUACCAUGAGAUGCUCAACAGUGUGCGGGACUUCCUCAAGCUUUACCAGGUGCCCAAGGGCCUGAGUGAGAGAGUGAUGGACUACAUCGCCUCCACCUGGUCCAUGUCGCGGGGAAUAGACACGGAAAAGGUUUUGCAGAUUUGUCCAAAGGACAUGAGAGCGGACAUUUGCGUCCAUCUCAACCGGAAGGUUUUCAAAGAGCACCCAGCUUUCCGGCUGGCCAGUGACGGGUGUCUCCGAGCCCUGGCCAUGGAGUUCCAGGCCAUCCACUGUGCUCCCGGCGACCUGGUCUACCACGCCGGUGAAAGUGUGGACAGCCUCUGUUUUGUGGUGUCCGGUUCACUGGAGGUCAUCCAGGACGACGAGGUAGUGGCCAUUUUAGGUAAAGGUGAUGUAUUCGGGGAUGUUUUCUGGAAAGAGGUGACGCUGGCUCAAGCGUGCGCAAACGUCCGAGCUCUGACUUACUGCGACCUCCACGUGAUAAAACGCGACGCUCUGCAGAAGGUGCUGGAGUUUUACACGGCUUUUUCCAACCACUUCUCCAGAAAUCUGCUGCUCACCUACAACCUGCGGAAAAGAAUCGUCUUCCGAAAGAUCAGCGAUGUGAAACGCGAGGAAGAGGAGAGACGGAGGCGUAAGAACGAAGCCCCUCUGAACCUGCCGCCAGAUCACCCGGUGCGAAAACUCUUCCAGCGCUUUCGGCAGCAGAAGGAGGCGCGUAUGGCGACCGGGAAACCGCAGCUCGAUGAGCAGGACAUUGAAAAGGGCCCCAUGUAUGUGGACGUCCCCAUGGCUAAAACAGCCAUUACGACGACCAGCAUUGUCACAGUAACUGAAAGCCCGGCAACGCCUUCAUCCUCGACUCCUUCAUCUUCUACACCUCCAAAGUGUUCUCCGUCAGACGCGGCAAAGCUGCAGGUGCCGUCUUCAAUAUCUCUGAUAGGAUGUCGACCUGCGGAACCAGUUAAAGCCAAAGGCUGGGGUCGCUUCAAGGAGUCUAUGGCCAAAGGAGACAACUGGAACAAAGUGUCCAAAGCCGAGUCCAUGGAGGUUUUACCUGAACGGACAAAGACGCACGAAUCACAAACCUCUCUGAAAAAGACCGACUCGUGUGACAGCGGCAUAACCAAAAGUGAACUGCGUCUGGACAAAGUGGGCGACUUCCGCUUGACGCCCCAGGACCGUAGUCCCGUUCAGCCCCCGGACACCAGGCACACGUUCUACCCCAUCCCCGAACAGACACUUCAGGCCUCACUUCAGGAGCUGAAGCUGGAGUUGAAGGACGACAUCAACAGCCUGAAUGUUCGAAUGUCUGUCCUGGAGGCGCAACUGACAGAAGCACUUCAACUCCUCAAAGCCAGGAAAUCCAGUUCUGGCUCUCCACAGCAUCUGUUUGACAUUUCUAGACCUGCUUCACCAGAACUAGACAAAGAGGAUAUCUUCUCUUGAAGUCAGCAAUAGUCGUCAGGCAACAGUUAUCUCAGAACUCAGCGAGAAUCCUGUGAUAUACCACAUUACUUGGAUUGCUGAGGCUGCAGCGGGCGCACCAUUUAGAUUUAGGCAACAGCGUGUGGUCUUUAAGACACACCAGCCUUUGCUGUAGCGGUGAACCUGUCAGUAAUAAAGGGAAAGUCAUGUUAGAAAGUGCAGGUCACAGCUCAGAUUCGGUGUCGGAGGUUUCUAAAUGACAGCUCUAUGUUUGUACAUAAGUUGGAUGUAUUUUUUCAUUGCACUAUGACGGGAAAACUGAGCUCGAGCGGUUUGACUUUCUCUCGAGUCCAGAAUCUGUCCAGGUUCUGAGUCUCCGUAGAGGAACGGCGUUGUGUUCCUGUUGGAAAGCUCCAGUAGAAAUGGCAUGAUCCACAGGUUUGUUAUUGAAUCGUUUGUAUGAGAUUCUUUGCAUGUCACAUAAAACAGACGUGCGCCUCAAACUGCAGAUGGUGCAUAUUUUAUUAAUUGAGGCCGCACGUCACGCUACUUGCAUUAUUUCACAGUGACAGUAAAAAAAAAAAAACUGCAUUUGCAGUUGUUGAAGCGGCCUCUGAGUCGUUUCCUUCAGCGACUGAUGAAUUCUUUUAUUAUAUCGUCUGCCAGGAUUGUUAUGAAUUAUACAACAGAUAACUCUGGCCAAGCAAUCGGAUUUUCAAAGACAUCUUUCAACGCAGUGCAUUAUUUCCAUAACCCAUGGAUGUAUGUGCGUGAUGAAAAAUGGAAGGCAAUUUUAACUAAUGUGGCAGCAGUUACUUAGUUAUCACUCUCUCUUCCAAGCUAAUAUUUGUUAUUCUCACAUAUAUAAACACUACAACCCUGAAUACUGUGUCUACAGCACAACUGUCGUGCAUUUUAGCUUUGAUGAUGCCGGUGGUGCUGAAUGUGGCCGUACCCCUUCACGUGUUUGAAACUGACAUGAACAUAGUACGGAAUGCUGUUUUGCAUAAUAAUGAUCUUUCUGAAAUAGAAUUUAUUUAUUUAUUUAUUUAUUUAUGUAAAAUGAAAGCAGGUUUGUUCUUGAGGGCAAACUGACAUAUGUGGACUGAGCCACUGUUUUAGAGAGGACGAUUUUUUCCUCUCAUGGUCACUGAAGUAGAUUCUUACACCAGUUAGCAUGCAUGAUUUAUUGUGUCUGUUUACACACACACACACACACAUCCUCCCAUCUAGACACAUGACACAAGAUGACUGAUAUUAAAAGUGCAAGUCCUUCUUACACAUGUGUGUUCCCUAAAUUUGGCUGAACUUGAAAGACAACAUUACCGCCUGGACUCUACGACACAGUGAAUGACCAAUAUCUUACAAUGAAUGCUGCAUCUAACUACUAUUUAUAUUUAUGACAUUGGUCUGAACAAACUGAAACUGAAAA